AUGCCUGAGAACAUUCAAGAUGUCGCGCUUGCCAUCGUCCUCGUCUUUCCUAUCCUAAGAACGCUGGUAGUGGGUUUGCGUUGCUGGUCAAGGCUCCUCGGUAGGCAAUUUGGCUGGGAUGAUGGAUUCAUUGUGGUGGCCUGGAUCCUUGCGAUCGGACAGACCUACACAGUAUGGAUGUAUACCAAGUUAACUUACUCGCGCUACCACUCAAUCGACAAGUAUAACCUCGCAAACCAGUUGCUCUAUAAUCCAAUUCUAGCCAUCGUCAAAGCCUCCGUUAUCGUGUUUCUUGACCGACGACGCAUAGUGCGAUGGAACCUUCACGCCCUGUCCGCCGUGAACCUAGGUCUGUUGUUGUCUAUUUUCCUAUCUGAUCUAUUCCAAUGCAAAGCCGCUAGAGCCGACACGAAGGCCAGGACAGAAACAGGGUUAGUGAAGGGUAGGCAAUGUAUCAACCAGAUAGCUUUUUUCCUAGGGUCAGCAGGUUUCACCAUUGUUACGAACAUCUGGCUGUUGUGCAUUCCCGCGAUAAUUGUCUGGCGGCUGCAAAUGUCUAAGCGAAAAAAGACGGCUAUUAUCGGCAUUCUCAGUAUGGGAAUAAUAGUCACGGCGCUGAGCAUCGCCCGGCUGGUCAUUUAUGCCCAGCGAUUCAGUCCACACAGCAAAGACCGGACUUGCAAUAUCGGUCAUACCGUAUCAGGAACGGAAGCCAAUUUAGCCAUCAUAACCGCCUCGGCUACGGCGCUUAACUCAUUGGUGGCACGAUUCGCGCCGCGGUUCUGGAGGUCGAGCGCGCAUCAUUCGACCUCCCAGCAGGGGCCCAGCGGGUGGAGAGAAAGAUCUACUGCGGCCGGGGGCUCGAGAACGAGAGACAUAUAUCCUCUCAGGGAUAGCUCUAGAAGGCAGAAAGGACCUAGCGAUAGUCAGGAAGAAAUCAUGCCUUUUGGUUUGCGCUCAAAUGCGCCGCCACAUUUCAGUGCUGCAUCAUCAGGAGCGCCACAUUCAUAA